CUAAAUUCCCGCCUGAUCAUGACUUUCUUCCCUUUACCGUACCGACUGAAAAAGAAAAAAAGAAAAAGGGAAGAAAGUCUCUGCCUGGCUGACAAUUCCACUACUACAAUUCCGCCACCAGGCGGAGCGUUGAACAGAAAAUUGAAACCUAAAAUCUUUCUUAUUUAAUUUAUUCAUUCACCAACGUACACAAACACACACAGAUUGUGACAGCCAUCGCAGUUUAAUUAAGCAAAAAAAAAGAAGAGAAACUGAUCAUAAAUGAAGGCGAAAGCAGCAGGAAUUAAACGGAAAUGGAGUUUGAAUUUGAAUAUGAAGAAGACAAAAUUAGGGUUACCUGUUGCAUUUCUAUGCUGCUCGUUCUUCUUUCUAGCUGGUCUUCUUGUUUCCAAUCUUAUUUCUCAGAAUUUUGAUUUAAAUGGAGAUAAUCAGAAAGGAAGAGGGAGGCCUCUUGAAUCGAUGAAAGAGUAUGAUUUGUUGCUUUCUGGAGAUACUGGAGAUCAUUCUCUUACUCUUAUUCCUUUUCAGAUAUUGAGUUGGAAACCGCGGGCUCUAUAUUAUCCAAAUUUUGCAACAGCAGAGCAAUGCCAAAGCAUAAUCAAUAUGACAAAGCCUCAUCUUAAACCCUCCACUUUAGCUUUGCGCAAAGGCGAAACUGAAGAGAACACCAAAGGAAUCAGAACAAGCUCUGGUGUGUUUGUUAGUGCUUCUGAUGACGAAACUGGGGUUUUGGAAGCUAUUGAAGAAAAAAUUGCAAGGGCUACAAUGCUUCCAAGGGACCAUGGAGAGGCAUUCAAUGUUUUGCGUUAUGAGAUUGGUCAGAAGUAUAAUUCCCAUUAUGAUGCAUUUAAUCCUGCAGAGUAUGGUCCGCAGAAGAGCCAAAGGGUUGCUUCUUUCUUGUUAUAUUUAUCUGAUGUAGAAGAAGGUGGAGAGACCAUGUUUCCCUUUGAGAAUGAUAUGGAAAUUGAUGGAAGUUAUGAUUUCGAUAAGUGUAUUGGUUUACAAGUGAAACCACGCCGAGGGGAUGGACUUUUAUUCUAUUCACUUUUCCCAAAUAAUACAAUUGAUCCAACAUCGCUUCACGGAAGCUGUUCGGUAAUCAAAGGCGAGAAAUGGGUAGCUACAAAGUGGAUUAGAGAUCAAGUACAAGAAGAUUAGAAUAUUAAUACUUGUAAAUUUACAUGUCUAUCUGUGCAAUGUUCAGCAGCUCCCAAAAUUUUGUGUAAUUCAUUAUGCUGACAUCAGUGGCAUCUCAAAUAAAGCAAAUAAACAAACUUUACUUCUUAA